AGUCGUGCAGCGGAUUGACUGUUGCGGCUCCGUAUGUGGCGCAUGAGCAUGCGUUUCGGGAUGUAACGGCCGUCUGACGGAGGAGCGAUACUGAAUAAAAUAUAUACAUACACCCAAGGGACUCGGAGGAUAGGAUACCGAAGGAGAGCGGGUACCUUGUAAAGGAGUUUUACGACAGAACGGUGCGGAGGGAGACACGAGAGCGUGGCUGGAGGGACGCUCGAGCAAAUCCAACCGACACCGCACGCAGAAAUGGCGGAGCACCACGCAGCGGGCGACGGCAAGCACAAAGCGUCCGCCAACGCCGGGAGCUCGGUACACGGGAACAACCGACCCGGCGCCGCGGGUGGAGGAGGGGGCAAAGGAGGCCUGUCUGGCGGACUGACACAGCCAGCGGGGUGGCAGUCUUUACUCUCCUUUAGCAUUCUUUUUCUGGCCUGCCUGGCGGGAUUCAGCUCCAGACUUUUCGCGGUGAUCCGGUUCGAGAGCAUCAUCCACGAGUUUGAUCCAUGGUUCAACUACAGAUCAACACAUCAUCUCACUUCAAAUGGCUUCUAUGAGUUUCUCAACUGGUUUGAUGAAAGGGCAUGGUAUCCCUUGGGCAGAAUUGUCGGUGGCACAGUAUACCCGGGUUUGAUGGUCACUGCAGGCCUCAUCCACUAUGUGCUCAACCUGCUCCACAUCACAGUCCACAUCCGCGAUGUGUGUGUCUUCCUGGCACCAGUAUUUAGUGGUCUGACUGCUAUCUCCACCUUCCUGCUGACUCGGGAGCUGUGGAACCAGGGUGCGGGGCUGCUGGCGGCCUGCUUCAUUGCCAUUGUUCCUGGAUAUAUCUCCCGUUCUGUUGCCGGCUCCUUUGACAACGAGGGUAUUGCCAUCUUCGCUCUGCAGUUCACCUACUACCUCUGGGUGAAGUCAGUGAAGACGGGUUCAGUGUUCUGGACCAUCGGCUGUUGUCUCUCCUAUUUCUACAUGGUGUCAGCAUGGGGAGGCUAUGUUUUCAUUAUCAACCUGAUUCCGCUGCAUGUGUUUGUGCUGCUGCUGAUGCAACGCUACAGCAGGAGAGUCUACAUCGCUUACAGUACUUUCUACAUCGUGGGCCUGGUAUUAUCGAUGCAGAUCCCCUUCGUCGGCUUCCAGCCAAUCAGGACCAGCGAGCACAUGGCUGCAGCCGGUGUGUUUGCACUUCUCCAAGCCUAUGCCUUCCUGCAGUACUUGAAGGACAGGCUGACCAAACAGGAGUUUCAGACACUUUUCUUCCUUGGAGUGUCUCUUGCUGCAGGCGUGGUCUUCCUCACAGUGAUCUAUCUCACAUAUACAGGUUACAUCGCUCCGUGGAGUGGUCGUUUCUACUCGCUCUGGGACACCGGCUACGCUAAGAUCCACAUCCCCAUCAUAGCGUCGGUGUCGGAGCACCAGCCGACGACGUGGGUGUCUUUCUUCUUCGACCUUCACAUCCUGGUCUGCACCUUUCCAGCAGGCCUCUGGUUCUGCAUCAAGAACAUCAAUGACGAACGGGUGUUUGUGGCUUUGUACGCCAUCAGCGCAGUCUACUUCGCCGGUGUGAUGGUGCGCUUGAUGCUGACACUGACUCCGGUGGUGUGCAUGCUGUCAGCGGUGGCGUUCUCAAGUGUCUUCGAGCACUACAUGGGAGACGACACAAAGAGGGAGAAGCCUCCCGCUGAAGACAGCAGCGACGAGGAUGACAAGAGGAACUCGGGCAAUCUUUACGACAAGGCCGGUAAGGUGCGUAAACAUGUGUCCGAGCAGGAGAAGGCAGAAGAGGGGUUAGGCCCAAACAUCAAGUCCAUAGUCACCAUGCUCAUGUUGAUGCUGCUCAUGAUGUUCGCCGUCCACUGCACCUGGGUCACCAGUAACGCCUACUCCAGCCCCAGCGUGGUGCUCGCCUCAUACAACCACGACGGGACACGAAACAUCCUGGAUGACUUCAGGGAGGCCUACUACUGGCUAAGGCAGAAUACAGACGAGCAUGCGCGAGUUAUGUCCUGGUGGGACUACGGCUACCAGAUAGCAGGAAUGGCUAAUAGGACCACGCUGGUAGAUAACAACACAUGGAACAACAGUCAUAUAGCGCUGGUGGGGAAAGCCAUGUCUUCCAAUGAAAGUGCAGCCUAUAAAAUCAUGAGGUCUCUGGAUGUUGACUACGUCCUGAUCAUCUUCGGAGGUGUAAUAGGCUAUUCAGGAGAUGACAUAAAUAAGUUCCUGUGGAUGGUGAGGAUAGCAGAAGGAGAGCACCCCAAGGACAUCAGGGAGAGUGACUACUUCACCCCUCAGGGAGAGUUCAGGGUGGACAAGGCCGGUUCACCUACUCUGCUCAACUGCCUCAUGUACAAGAUGUCCUAUUAUCGAUUCGGAGAAAUGCAGCUGGACUUCCGGACGCCACCCGGCUUCGACAGGACACGUAACGCCGAGAUCGGGAACAAGGAUAUAAAGUUCAAGCACCUGGAGGAGGCCUUCACUUCCGAACACUGGCUGGUCAGGAUUUAUAAGGUGAAGAACCUGGACAACCGGGAGCCUCUGGACCACAAGCUGCGCAGCGUAGUGUCCAAGCAGAAGUACACGUCCAAAAAGACCGCCAAGAGGAAGCGAGGACACAUCAAGAACAAGCUCGUCCUGAGGAAAGGCAAGAAGCUACAAAAAAAAUAAUGACGACGAUGAUGAUGAACUCUUCUAGGAAAACAAACGAACACAUGCGAAGAAACCUCUAACAACCAAUGAAGAAGAACACAGGGGCUGCUACCCAGCACUUGAUCUGAAGCGCUUCUCUUUAGCGCGCCCCCAUGUGUUGAGGAAGUUGAAGUGUCAUAUCUGGCUAGUUCCAGAAGUGCUAUCUGUUUUAUCCCGAGGACCUUUGUCUUGCUUAAUUGUCUCCUGUUUUUUUGGGUUUUUUUUUUUUUUUUGUACUUGAAUGUGUGGCGUAGGGCUGCUCUACUCAGUUUGGCAUCGAUUAAUUUUUGUUAAUUAACUACUUAACGGUACGGGGAUUGGUUCGCGACGAGGUGAAGGGAAAAGGGGAGAAGACUAGGAACAUUUGCACCAAAGACCCAUCGACCUUGCUCCACGGCACAUGUGAACUCAUUAUGAGAGGGAGGGGAAACGCUGGAGUAGAAGCUGAGGAUUUGUUCCUGACCCGUGUACAGAGAACAGUAUACGAUAUGGAGGAACGCCACUGUCUGUAAAAUGAACCUUUUAUCAUCAUCUCCUUUUACGUCCGCCUGGCUCCCAGUCUUUAUUUCUUUUCGACAAAUUCUUUAGGAAAAAAAAUUGGCCUGAUAUGUAAAUAUGUUAUGUAAAGAAAAUGUCUAAAAGGAUAAUAAUAUAUUGGAUUAUUGUGGUGAUUUUUAAAUAUGCAGUUUUUUUUUGUUUGUUUUUUUUCAAUUUCUCUGGGUUUCAUUACGUGAUUGUUUCUCUGUUUUUUGUUAAUUUUUUUUGUUUGUUUUUUUGUUUUGUAUGACAGCAAAUAGAACAGUGAAUGCAAUAAUUCUUGUACAGAGGGGGCUUGAGAUUUUGUUGAAAGAAUGAAUGUGAAUUUUUACAAUGUCCCCCGUCCCCCUUUUCAUAAAUUGCAUAGAUUGUACAUUUUGCUGCUAGGGUUUUAAAGACGGAAGCGAGACGUCGUGUUUAAGAAGUAGUUCUAUUAAAUUAGGCCUCCCUUCCUGCAGAGGGAGCUCUCUGGUUCAGCGAGUAAGCCUAGUGCCUCAUUUCUGGUCUUCAUCACCUCGGUAAUGUGUGACUGUCUACCUUGUUAGUUGUUUUUUUCCUUUUUUGUUUUUUUUUUUGUUUUGUUUUUUUUAAAGGCUCAUCAAUUUGAACACAGCGGGUUGGGUGCUUUGACCAGACUGAGGCAUGGGAAUGUGGAAAUAUUCACCUGACGAAGGGGAGUUAGUUCACAGGCACUGAAACUGAAAUGUAUCUGAGGUCAGGAGAAGAUCUGUAAGAACAGACAAAUGACCAUCUGAGAGACUAGAGCUGUGUCCUAAUUAUAUAAAAAAAACAAACUACAAUUAUAACUCUAGUUUGUAGUCCAGUCACUG